UGUCGCCUUUUUUUGUUUGCAGUGGAAACAAUUUCUCGCCGCUCGACGCGCCCCGGCCCGACGCGUCGCGGCGGAGGCGAGCGGGAGGCGGGACGGGGCGGAGAGAGCGGCGGGGCCGGCGGGAGGACGCGCUGCGCGCCGGCUGGACGCCGCAGGUCCCAUGCCGCGCCGCGACCCCCGCGCCCCUGCCGCCCGCACCCGCGGCCGCCCCCCGCCGCCCGCUGCCCCGGGCUCGCCGCGCCGCGCCCGCGCGUCCUUAGCCGGGCCACCAAGCGAUGCCCGCUGGGCGCCCGCGAAAGUUUGUCGGCUCCCGCUAAAGGGCAGCGGCGCCCCCGAGCCCCUGCGCCCCGCUCCGGCCAGGAGCCUUCACCUAAAUGGGUCCAGUCAUGCCUCCCAGUAAGAAGCCAGAAAGCUCAGGAAUUAGCGUCUCCCGUGGGCUGAGUCAGUGUUACCGGGGCAGCGGCUUCUCCAAGGCCCUUCAGGAAGACGAUGACCUCGACUUUUCUCUGCCCGACAUCCGAUUAGAAGAGGGGGCCAUGGAAGAUGAGGAGCUGACCAACCUGAACUGGCUGCACGAGAGCAAGAACUUGCUGAAGAGCUUCGGGGAGUCGGUGCUCCGGAGCGUCAGCCCCGUCCAGGACCUGGACGAUGACACGCCCCCGUCGCCCGCCCACUCUGACAUGCCCUAUGAUGCCAGGCAGAACCCCAACUGCAAGCCCCCCUACUCCUUUAGCUGCCUCAUAUUUAUGGCCAUCGAGGACUCUCCGACCAAGCGCCUGCCAGUAAAGGAUAUCUACAACUGGAUCUUGGAACAUUUCCCGUAUUUUGCAAAUGCACCUACUGGGUGGAAAAACUCCGUGAGACACAAUUUGUCGUUGAAUAAGUGUUUUAAGAAGGUGGACAAAGAGAGGAGUCAGAGUAUUGGGAAAGGGUCAUUGUGGUGCAUAGACCCGGAGUAUAGACAAAAUCUAAUUCAGGCUUUGAAAAAGACACCUUAUCACCCGCACCCUCAUGUGUUCAAUACACCUCCCGCCUCUCCUCAGGCAUAUCAAAGCACAUCAGGUCCACCCAUCUGGCCGGGCAGUACCUUCUUCAAGAGAAAUGGAGCCCUUCUACAAGAUCCUGACAUUGAUGCUGCCAGUGCCAUGAUGCUUUUGAAUACUCCCCCUGAGAUACAAGCAGGUUUUCCGCCGGGAGUGAUCCAGAACGGAGCGCGGGUGCUGAGCCGAGGCCUGUUCCCCGGAGUCCGGCCAUUGCCAAUCACUCCCAUCGGAAUGACGGCCGCCAUGAGGAACGGCCUGGGCAGCGGCAGGACACGGACAGAGAGCGAGCCGUCGUGCGGCUCCCCGGUGGUCAGCGGGGACCCCAAGGAGGAUCACAACUACAGCAGUGCCAAGGCCGCCGCCGCCAGGAGCGCCUCGCCCGCCAGCGACUCGGUCUCCUCCUCCUCGGCCGAGGACCACGACGAGUUUGCCACCAAGGGGAGCCAGGAGGGCAGCGAGGGCAGCGUGCCGAGCCGCGAGAGCCACAGCGAGGCGGAGGAGGACGAGCGCAAGCACGGCCCGCGGGAGGCCCCGGGCGACGGCGGCUGCGCGGCCCCGCACAAGAAGCGCCAGCACCUCGCCAAGGCCAGGCGGGUCCCCAGCGACUCGCUGCCCCUCAAAAAGAGACGCACGGAGAAGCCACCCGAGAGCGACGACGAGGAGAUGAAGGAGGCGGCGGGGUCGCUCCUGCACUUGGCAGGCAUUCGGUCCUGUUUGAACAACAUCACCAAUCGGACGGCAAAGGGGCAGAAAGAGCAAAAGGAAACCACGAAAAAUUAAGAAAAAAACAAGUCACUGAUUUGUUUUGAACUGAACGGCCAUUUGGUUUCAGCAUGUCAGGAGAUUUCUAAUGAUUUGUGGCAAUAUCAGCAAUUUCUUUUUUUUUUUUCUUUUCUUUGUUUUGGGUUUGGUUUUCUUUCCUUUUUUGUUUUCUUUUCUUCUCUAAUUUGCCCCCCCCCCUCCUUUGUUUUGGACCCUUGAGAAUUUUACGUUUAAAGGAGAUUGAAGCCAUAGACUCAUUGACAUUCAGCUGUUUUACAAACGCUUCUCAUUAUCUGAAGACAAAACCGAAAAAGCCAAAAUUGAUCAUUGCUUCCUCCCGCUGGCCCGUGGCCGUGGCUGGCCCCGCAGGGGUGUCGCGGAUGCCGCGGAACGCCCGUGUUUGGCACCUGCAAGGCAAGGUCAUCAUCGGUCAGGCCUAACCGUUAGGUGUACAAGGUCAGGAUGUCCACCCAGUGGGGUUCGCUGAGUGAAUGUGCGUGAGGCAACUGGGGAGAAGGAAGAGCCCCUCGCCCCCCAGGAGCAGGCCCAGGCUUGUGGCACCAGGCAGCGUCUCGUGCCAGGAAACCCUGGGCGCUGCCGCUCGGCGUGCGGGGUGGGGGCGGGGUCCCCGGGCCUCAGUGCUGCUUAGCCCUGAAGCCUCCUGAUGUCUGGCGGUGGACACUGGACCAUUCACGGACACUGGUGUCGAUGACUAAGGAAAGGAAAUGGGGUCAGUUUUUAGUGAUGUUCCUAAUCAUUGAAUUCUGUUCUAUCUGAAAUUAAGAGAAUGUUCCACAAGCCAUAAGCCUGAAGGGUUGGCCCUGCACACACACACACACACACACACACACACACACACACACACACGAGAGUGAGAGAAAAGCCACAGACAGGCUGUUUUCUUAACUGCCCAAGUGAAAAUCAAGUCCAAGAAAUUACAAUAGUUGUCAAGGAAGGAAAAAAUGGUACAAACCUUUUUUUGUCAAAACUAUUUGAUCCAAGCGGGGGG